AUGUAUGAAGAGCCACCACCACUGCCCUUUCCAUCACUACAAAACCUCAAAGCCAUAGCAGCUGAUAUAAUAAAGAUCCAAAGAAAUCCAACAACGCCAGAUGUCGAAUUUCGAUUUUUUGAGCCGGAGCCCAGCAAUUCGCAAGCAGAGAAGAAGAAGGCGAGGCCCACCAACAAGGCCUGCGAAGUGUGCAAAAAGAAGAAGGUUCGAUGUGAUAUAAAUUCAUUUCCUCAUGAGCAUUGCACAAGGACAAAUUGUCAAUGCUUGCACCAUGAAGAUGUCUCAAAAGAAGAUCAAGUAGAUAUUCCUUCUCCAUCCUCCUCUUCCGUUGUUACUGCCAACACUUUAGCCACUCAAUCCAGUGAAUCAAUACCCUCGACAACCGUCUUCCGUAAACCCGGUCUGCUAAAAUCAGGCCAUUAUACAGGGGAAACUUCAUUUUGUGGUUAUCUUCCCUCUUUGGAACAACCCUCGGUCGUACUCGUUGAAGAAAGUUUCCCCACAUUUACUUCAAUACCAAAAGAGCCAUAUAUCGAUACAAGCGACAAGCUCUAUUUAAUAGACACUUACUAUGACAACAUGAACCCAUUCUACCCCUUAAUGUCAAAGCAGGAAGUCUUGUCGCAAUUACACAACCCCAAAUGCAGCUAUCUAUCUCCUCUCUUCUUUUACGCUUUAUUUGCACGUGCUGCUCAUGUGGAAACAACUGGCAGACUCACAACUGAUAAUCGCUCUUUUCAAUCGCUGGGAACAGAAUGCAUGAAUUAUGCAUCUACUCUUGUUAAUUACUAUAAAGACAGACCGAGAAUCAGCACUGUCUUGGCAUUGGUGAUCAUGACAAACCAUUUAGAACAAGAAAAGAAGCAUCAAGAUCUCACAAAAGCAUGGCUAUGGGCUGGAGAAGCUUUUCGUAUGGCGCUUGAUUUGGGAAUUCAUCGGGCCGUUAUUUCCACAGAGGCAGAUUCAACAGGGCAACUCUGUAUACGCACAUUUUGGCUGGCCUACAUUGCGGAUUGCACCAUCAGUAUGACUUAUGGAAGACCCUCUGCAACCGAGGAGAAAGUGCUCAAGAUCACUGCCAGAGUCAUCAAAUUCAAUUACUGCCCGCCACCCCCAUUUAUCAUUCAGGGGCCCGUCAAGCGACACAAUGCCUUUUUAGUCAGUGUAGACUCAUGGCUGAUCGACAUCAUGCACCCGAUGAAAGAACCAGAAUCGCCUAUAUCGAGUUCACCCAAUGUCCUUAUGGAAGAAUCGACCAUCUCGAAGCGAAUUGCAUUCCAAAAGCAAAUGUUCUUGUGCACCAACCUGAUUCUCCUUCAUAGACCCUACGUCAAUGAUGUGCUGGCUGUUCGAAACACCAGCAACAGACCUUCUUACGACAUUUGCUCCUACGCCGCUGUUAUCAUCACUGAUGCAGCAAGAAAACUAGAUCUCAGUGAGCUUCUCUAUCAUUCAAAAUCGCCCAUGAUUGCCUACGCUCUUGUCAUGGCUCUCCGUGUACAUAUCAUGAACGCUGCCAGCGCAAAUCCCGAGAAAUACAAUGCCAACAAAAACUUUAGCCUGAGUCUCGCCACGUUAAGCAAACUACCUCAAUCGCAAGACACCAAUUCCAUGCUGCAUCAUGCACUCAUUGAUCUGGAGCGACAGUACAAUAACAGAUUCUCUCUGGCUCAGGAACGAGAAGACGAUAAUCGCAUGCAACAGCAAUUGCAACAGCAGAUGCAGAUGAAUCAGCCCAUUGUUACUGCUGCUCAAAUUGUCUUUUCACCAGGAACAACAGAAAAGAGAAAAGAAAGACCUGGCAACAGCGAUAGAUCAAUGUCUCAGUCAUCCGUGCACCAGCUCGACGCCAAUGCUUCAUCUUUGCGCAAUUCAAUUGUAAUUAAAGACUACAACCAUCAAAUUGACGCUACAAACAAAAAGAAAAAGAGGGCCAAGGUUCAACAACAACAACAACAACAACAACAGCAGCAGCAGAUGGCUCUUGAAAAUCAACAGCACAAGCUUAAGCAAAAGCAAAAGCAAAGACAACAAAAAUUGCAGCGUGUAUUUCCCUCUGCUUCAACCUCUUCCAGCAGCAUUGUAGAUCAGAAACCAACGGUGCAGCCACAAGAUCAAUUUGAGAUCAAAUUCGAUAAAGAUCAGCCUAUCCAAUAUACACAACAACAACAACAACAACAGCCACCACAGCCAUCACCACCACCACAACAACAACAACAACUGCAACAGCAACAACUGCAGCAUCGUCAGCAUCACCAUCAUCAUCUGCAGCAGCAGCCAUCAUUGGCGCAACAACAAUUCCAGUUUGAUAAUGCAAUAGCACAGCAAAACCUUGGAUUUUACAUGCAAUACAUUCCCAGUAACAACAACAACAACACUGGAAUGAUGGCAAAUCAGGCCAAAGGUGCCAACUCAUCAGUGCCAUUUACUCCAUUAGACUUUCAGAUGAUACCUCAACAAGAACCUUAUUAUUAUACAACAACAACAGCGGCUGAGCCACAACAGCAACAACAACAACAACAACAACAACAACAAAACCUAUUCUUGGAUUCAUCCACUGAAAACACUGAUCUCGACAAAUUCUUGUCUUCUCAAAUGGACUUUGACAACAUUUGCUUUGGUGAUGGCUUGUACAAUCAGCAGCAAAACUUUGUUACCGAUGAACCAGUGUCCGUAUACUGUGUAGCAGCGCAAGAUGAUACAAUGGGCGUAUUGAUUACUCGAGCAACUGAACCAUCUCCUGCCACUACCACCACAACAACGUAUAAUAGUAACCUCAACAACUUUACUUUCUAG